AUGUCGAAGGGCGGCGGCAAGGGCGGCGGCAGAGGCGGCGGAAAGGGCGGCGGCAAGGACGAUCGCACCAGCAAGCAGAAGAAGUCGGAUGCAUUCAUCGACGGGCAGAAGCAGUUCAUGCACGACAGAAGGUGGGCGAAGAACCAUCGCUCGGGCUGGCGAGGGUCGGAGGUGCCCCGUAACGAUGGGGCCGUCACCGGGCUGAAGCCCCCAGAGUGCCUGGCGGCGCUCCCUCGCGCCCGCGGUGUGCACCUGGUUAUGGGGGGCCUCUGUUUGGAGCUCUUCUGCGGCCUUGCCUCGCUGACCUUGUCGCAGGUCUUUGAGGCGAUCAUCUUGCGGGGGCAGUGCUGGCACAAGGGCGAGCGAAGGCCCAUUGCGCCGCCCAAGGGGCCCAAGGGCCAUGUGUGCUACGCGGAGGGCGUUGACUUGCUGGCGGGUAAUUUGUUCCUCCCUGAUCAGGUCAGCAGCGCCGUGGCUUGCGUCCAUUCCGGCGACGCCGACAACGUUGGCGAUGACGAGGGCGACGAUUUCGCGCCGGACUGGUUGGGCUCCAAGCGCGGGCGUUCGCCCGAUGACCUUAUCCAGAAGGCCCUCGCCCAGCCGCGCCUCUUCGCAGCUCAGGAAGCUAAGCUCAAUGACAAGUUGCAGCGCGCCGCCAGGGGGGCUCAUGCGAUCAAGCCGGAGGCCCUUGACAAAAUAAGGACUCGACCAGUGGACAGCUUCACGGCGUCGGGCAUCAACCCAGCCACGCGAACUGAGGACGCCAUAGUCCACGACGCGAUUGACCACGUCGCGCCGAUGCUGGCCAUGUGCAUAUCCGAGGGCAUGACGCCGCGGAUGUGGUGCGCGGGUGAUUUCUUCUGCUGUGACCCGCAGGAGUGUGUGGUUACGGGCGGCUCAUGCCUGACGGCCAUGUGCGGCUUGCUCGGCUUUCCGACGGACUCGUGCAUGGAUGGUGACCGCGCGUUGGGCCUCGCAGUUUUGGGGGCACGCAUCGCACUCGACGUCGCCGCGAUGCCCGCGUCUGCAGCGAUGGGCGCAAACAAAGCGCAGCAAUGGACAGAGGAGUUGCAGUUCGUCGCGAACGAGAAGAAGCGCGGCCCUGACCAGGCAGCGAAAUCCGCAGGCCGUCUUUCAUUCGCCUGCACGGCUUCAGCGGCCCAGCAAGGUAGGGAUGUCGCGAAGCCACUCUACGCCCAAGCCAACGCGCCGCUGCACGGUUUUGGCAUGUCCCCAGCCUUGCUUAAUGCUGCCAGAUGGUGGACCAAACUUUUGGAGAUCAAGACGGCGGCGCGCCUGGCUGCAGGCCACACCGAGAGGGAGAUUGUCGUGGCGUGGCAAGACUCGCAGAUCGAUGUCCUGGAGAUGAUUGCAGCGCCCCUCUUCGUCACCACGUUCCAGGACAUGAUUUGCGGCACUGCGGCCUUCGUGCCCAUCGACAACACCGGCGUCCUAGGCAGCCUGCUGAAGGGCAGCUCCAGCGCGCCAGACGCGAACGUGCUCACAAGAAGGAUCUGGCUGCAUGCAGCGGAGUGGUCCUGGGCCCCAGCGUGGGCGAGGGUUGCCCUGCCCCUGGGUGAGGCCGUGGGGGCCAUGCUUGCGGGGCUCACCCAGUGGGUGUCGCGGGGUGUGGUCUCAUGUGAUAUCGUUGCCGUCGUCACCUUCGUGCGAAUGCGAGGUCGGGCGGCCGGGGUUGCCCGCGAUAAGUUGGUCGCCAGGCUGGCCAGACUCCGCGAGGCAGCACCUGAAGCGGUCAUGUGGGAAAACGGCGACAGGCUCCCGCAGAUCGCCAAGGCGCUCUCAUGCAUCGCGCCGACGAAGAGCGCGAUCGCAAAAUCGGGAGUUGGACACCUUCUGGCAGAUGAGACGGUCUGGGCCCGCGGAGGCGACGUCGCCGUGACCUUCGCCAGCAUAGCCCAACGAGCUGCGACGUCGCUGCGACCUUCGCCGCAUGUGCAAUGCGACCGUUCAUCAGCAGUUGCAGGGCGCAGGCCGGUCGCGGCGAUGAAGGCGGACCAGUGCAUGGAUUAUGCCGUCGAUUUCGCGGACUGGCUGAUGAUCGACGAGGUCCUUGCGGACGUUGCGCGCAGGAGGAGGCUGGCGGCGACACCGGUGCAGCAAGGCGCCCUCCACUGGAAGCUCUUGGACUCCAUCGGCCCAGAGUCCCUGCGGGCGCGGAAUCCCGCGCAGGCUGCGCUGCUCCGUCGCGCAGCGGCCAUGGCCGCGCGGCGCGGGCAAGAUGCAGAGCUGGCGCGCCAGGGCCACGGCGUCGGCGUUACUCAGCUGAGCACCAGCUUUGUCAACAACACUGUCAGCGUUACGGGCAAAUCCGCCAUUUCCCUGGCUGGCAUGUCGCAGCACAUGGUCGCGCAGGCCCAGGAGAUGUGGACGAUGGAGUGUCGCAAUGUUUGCGGAGGCCCCCUGGGCUCCAGGUCCAAGGAGGUUAUCCAGAUGUUGGUCGCGGCGGGGCAGAUCGCAGAAGUGGCGCGACUCUUUGACGAGAGGGCGCGCCUCUUACGGCGAGACGCUACCGCCCAGCAGGACGGGGAUAUCUGCAAGUUCCUGGCCAUUUUCACGAACCCAAGCACGGCUGCCAACUACGUCGGGUACGUGAAAUGGGCGUGCAAGCUUCUCUCUAUGGAGACCGGGUGGUGGUCCCCGACUGUAGCCCUCACGCCCACGGGCAUGCGUGCAGAGCACUUGCGAACCACUGGCGGUCCAGCGCUGGUGAAGGUCGGCAUGCAGCGCGAAGCCCAGGCUUUGCCGCCAGGUCGCCACAGCGCUGCCUGGAUCGAGUCGCGCGACGGAGGCCUCGACUCACCCCGCGUCCAGCUGGCGAGGAGGGACCGCAGACCACAGGGCAGCCUGCUGACGCGCACUUGCGCUUGCUCCGGGGCGUCUCCGCGCUGCCGCGCCGCGCGCGCGGUGGCGGCAUGGCUCCGCGGCAAGAGCGCCAGGGGGAAAUUGUUCGACCUCGCGAGUUUCUCGUUCGUCGAGGCCGUCCGCCGCAUGCCGGCACACGCGGGCUACGGGGGUGCCGGCAGGUGCACCCUGAAGGGGCCCAGAUACGGGUGCGACACGCUGAGCCUCGACGACAGAGACAACGGCGGCGGCGGCGGGGCAAAGACCAACGUCCAAGAAUUGGCGCUGAAUUGCCCAAACCGCGGCGAAAUAUGCCCGCUGAUCCCAGCUAUGCGCAACCAGCGGAUAGCGACGCUGCACCUGCCAGUCCAGCCCUUUUGCGUCGGAUCGCCGACGCUCUACGUCUCGAGAUGUAGCUGUGCAGAGUGCGCUGCGCUGCACCCGCGGGAGGUCGAGGCGUGGCUCCUGGGCUUGCCGCCGGCGCUGCCGCGGGAGGCCGCCGUGGCACUGGUCAAGGAGGUGCACCGGACUGGCAUGGAUGGCGCCGCGUUCGGCAAGCUGGUGGCCAGCCGCGUGACCCCCGCGGCCUUGGGCGGCGCCGUGACGCCGGCGAACAUGGCGGUGCUGCGCCGCUGCUGGCACGCCAAGUUCCCCGCGGGUGCUGCGCCGGGCCCGGCGGGCGCGGAGCUGCUGGCGCCCUCCUUCUUCGAGCCGCCGUCCAGGAUGCCCCCCCUGAUCGCCCCCCCUCUCCCCGCGUUCGACACGUGGAUGCCCGCGUGGCCCGCCGCCGCUGCGCUGGCGCUGGCGGCGCCGAGGUGCGGCGUCAGGUCCGGUAGCUGGAUCGUCGGAGUUUUCCUGGCUUGUGUUAGGGCCUCCAGCUGCGGGCACCUCGCGAGACCUUUCGGCUCAGACCCAGUCGAAAAGACCGCGCUGGACGCUGAGGCUCGCUUUUCGGCGCCUGGAUGA